AUGACCCGAUCCAUGUUUGAGCUCCUCAAUGAGCAACCCGCAUUGGUUGCUGAAGUCUUGUCCUUCUUGAUUGAAGAUACCAAUGGAUUGGCCAAGAUGCGAACCGUAUCCAAGACUUGGGACAAAACCGUCAUUCCGUAUUGUCUUGACGGCCGUCGUUUUCUCAAGACUUGUGCACAAUCCAAAUAUAACUUUAUGGAAGAAUUGGUGACUUUCGGUGAAAGCGCCUAUGCUGGUCGGGUCUACAGUUUGACCAAUGAAGAAUCCUUCGAGUUUUUCAUGCAAAGCGGCGACAAAACUGAUGGUUGGCUUCGAACUAAUAAAAUCAUGUUCUUGCGAAAUUACACAUACAGUCGUCCGGACGAUCUAUUUGAUGUGCCCAAACAAGAGAAUUAUUCCUUUCUGGAAAAGAGUGCUGAAGACUUCUCCAACUAUUGUUCCACCCUUCAAAGUACCAGGUCUUGGGAUGAGUUCAAGGCAACUGCCGAAAUGGCUUACACAGAAGGAUUCUUUCUCUCAGUGGAGGACCUUGAGAAAGCAAAAUCAGAAGGAGCCAAAAUUGAUCUUCAAAAGGGAAGAGGAAGCGAAUUCAUGCCUAUCAUUCUAACGGUGAAGCUUCCGCUGGACGAAUACACUCCAUUGCAAGCUGGAUCCGCUACGAUUGUUCUACUCAAGGCUAGAGUCAACAAAGAAGAUGUUGUCCCAAAGUAUGGAUCUGGAAAUGUCCCCAGUCUUCAUCCUUUUUUGGAGUUUCGAGAUCUUGUCGCCAAGCAAGGCGAUGAAUCUUAUGUCUACCCCACCUAUGCUGGAUACAACCCAGUUCCCAGUGAUGAUGGAACCAUGUCCUGCCAAGUUCCAGUCGCACUUCACUUGCGAGAUGGCUUGCAGGAGCUGCUUUGGGAUUUCGAAACCACCGAUUCGUAUUUGCCCAUAGAAGACCUGUGGCGAAAAUGUCAAGAACAACCAGUCAAAGAAGGAGUGGCCAUUGCCGAUGGAUUUGUUCCACAAGACUUGCAUGUCAAACUCAUGAAGGAUAUUGACGAUUUCAAUGCUAAGCAAAUUGUCGAUUAUCAUCCACAUUCGAAUAACACUGUGCGGGACAUCGUUCAUCCCGCGCUUUAUUCGUACGUCAAGGGAGUCUCACCACUUUCCAAGUCGGAAGCAGAAAUUGCUGCCCUGUCUCAGGAUCCCAAUGUUCCUGAAGAAGAUCGAGUGGAAUUGGCAGCGAAGGAUUACUGGGGUCGACCCUAUGAGGCUAGUUCCAAGUACCAAUGGUUACCAACUUAUUUCAGCAUCGGCAAUGAUGGCAGUUGUACCAUUUGCGAUUACAUUAAUAAUUUAGUUCCCCGCACUGAGAACGAAGCCUUGUACGGAUCCCUGGCACAACUCUUUUCGCAAGCGCUACCGUUGAUCGAAUCAGUUUAUGGAUACUGUCGUGUUAUCAAAGAGGAACAGUACAUUCGGAUGGAUGAUGAUAGUGAAAUUUCUUAUGAUAGCGUGGACCUAGAAUCCAUGGACGAGAAACCGGUGUCACUGAGAGGAAAGGAAAUCCAAGUGGUGACCAAGAUUGUAGACUAUGAGCUUGGACCAGGCGAGACAUACGAAGGUGUCUGGCAUGUGGAGGGAAUGUCACACGAAGAGAUUGUGGCGACUGCGAUCUACUUUAUUGAUCGAGACGAGGAAAUUAAGGGAGGGGACAUUCUAUUCAAGAGAGCCUUUCACAAGCAGGAAGCUAUGUACAUAUUUUCUCAUGUUGAUCAAGUCCGGCCGCGGGAAAUGGAAGAUAUCAUUGAUGAAGGUCUCAUGCCGCUGGGCACCGUCGAAACUCGGCAAGGGAGACUCGUGGUGUUUCCAAACAGUCAUGUGCACAAAGUGAGUGCGAUCAAGAAUGUUUCCACCGAACAAGGCGGAGAAAAGAAGAAGCGACGCAUCGUAGUGUUCUUCUUGAUUAAUCCAGAGCGGCGUAUAGUCUCGACUCGAGAAGUUGCGGUGCAACAAGAGCAUGCAGGUGGCACCAUGAAGCGUGAGGAUGCCUUGGAACACCGUUUGGCGUUGAUGAAGGAACGAAAGUUUACAAAACAAGACUGGAAUGUUCGUGACAUUGAACUGUGUGAGCACUAG